AUGCUUCACCGUACCAAAUACAACCGCUUCAGGAAUGAGUCAGUAACAUCCGUCGAUGAGCUUCUCCACGGCCUGUCCAUGAACCCCAAGGUCUCGGCCACCCCCCAGUCUGCAGCCGAGACAUCUUACACACCCCCGACUGAGGUUCAGCCCUCCUCCACCACCACUUCUUCCAGCACCCCCACCAGCCACGGCUCUGACCACCUGGAAGAUGGAGGCACCACCCUCUGUACCCUCAUCAACAAGGUGUCCAGCCUGAAAUUCAGCAACUCAGGCAGCUUGCUCGGCAUCAAGGGUCUGCCCUCGGCAGUCAAGGACCUGGCUGUGUCUAAGCUGCAGGGGGGUGGGGGAUCAGGCUCAGGCAGCUCCAGUGGCCAGAGCCCCAGCGCAGCGGCAGCAGCGGCGGCGGCAGCAGCCUCUGGUGUGGGCGGCUCUUUGUGCAGCUCGGCCUCCCAUUCAACCCCCUGCUCGCAGCUGGAGCCAGCUGUUAGCAUGAGCAAGAAGAGCAGGCUGGACGAGCUCCAGCCCAGCGGAGAGGACUGGAAUCCAGGUGGAGGUGGUGGACUGGUGAGCAAACCCUCCAGAGGAUGGCUACACUCAAACGAGAAGAUCUCUGGUCCAGGAGUGACAUACAUUGUGAAGUAUCUGGGCUGUAUAGAAGUCCUUCGGUCGAUGAGAUCCCUGGAUUUUACCACAAGGUCACAAAUAACAAGGGAAGCCAUCAGCCUGGUGUGUGAGGCUGUUCCAGGGACCAAAGGAGCUCUGCGGAAGAGAAAGCCACCAUCCAAAGCUCUGUCCAGCAUUUUGGGGAAGAGCAAUCUGCAGUUUGCUGGCAUGUCCAUCAACCUAAAUAUCUCCACCAGUAGUCUCAACCUGAUGACCCCUGACUGCAAGCAGAUCAUAGCCAACCAUCACAUGCAGUCCAUCUCCUUUGCAUCAGGUGGAGACCCGGACACAACAGAUUACGUUGCCUAUGUAGCAAAGGACCCUGUUAACAGAAGAGCAUGUCACAUCCUGGAGUGCUCUGAUGGACUUGCCCAGGAUGUCAUCAGUACCAUCGGCCAGGCCUUUGACCUUCGCUUCCAGCAGUACCUGCAGUGUCCCUCAAGCAAGCUGUCCUCCACUCAUGACAGGGUAUUAAACAUGGAGGAGUUGCCGUGGACAGAGGAAGAGGAGGAGUCAGCAGAACAUCCUUACUAUAACAACAUCCCCGGCAAGAUGCCACCCCCUGGAGGCUUCAUCGACACCCGGCUGACUAAUCAGAAUGCAGCAACAGAUGGAUGCCAGAUGGGUCCAGGCUCAGUAGAUCAGACGUAUUACCAGGGCCGGCAUUGUGAAAACUGGGGAGACGAUAGAAAGGCCUUCUUCAUGCAACAGGGAUCAUUUGAUAUAAACAGUCUACCAGAGAGUAAAAGCCAGGCACCAAAAACCGGAGAGAUGCCCACGUAUGUGAACACGCAGCAGAUCGAUGCCCAGGUGCUCGCAGCGCUCCAGGCAGAAGCAGAAAACGUGACAAAGGGCAUGGCAGCCGCCGCCAAAGAGAGCCCGCAGAAGGACCUGUUUGACAUGAAGCCCUUCGAGGACGCCAUUCAGUCCCAGUCCCAGCCACCCUCCCAGGGGCAGGUCCAGUCGCACGUGUCCGGUCUUCACAAGGCGGCGUCCGUGGACAACUCGAGCCCUCUUCUUGUGCGCUCGCUGGCCUUCCGGGCGCAGGAGGAGCUGGAGGGCCAGACGUGGUACCACGGCAAAAUGAGCCGCCGCGAUGCUGAGAAACUGCUGAGGGACGACGGGGAUUUCCUCGUGCGUAAGAGCACUACCAACCCAGGGUCCUACGUACUGACAGGCAUGCACAAUGGACUUGCCAAACACCUACUGCUGGUGGACCCUGAAGGAACGGUACGGACAAAAGAUCAUGUAUUUGACAGCAUUAGCCACCUUAUUGGGCAUCAUCGUGACAACAAUCUGCCGAUCGUGUCAGCCGGGAGUGAACUGUGUCUCCUACAGCCUGUUGGAAGGAAACAGUGA